GUUAUCGAGCGCCUACAUUGGCUCCAAAAUUCAAAUUAAUUAAGACGUCUACAUAAUUUACCGCGAUGUUGGCGCGUAAGAAUAUUUUGUACUUGUUUGAUGUCGACGGAACUCUGACGAAACCCCGUCAAAUUAUAUCGCAAGAUUUCAAGAAAUUUCUUUUAGAAAAAGUUAAGCCGGCCGUUUCGAUUGGUCUCGUGAGUGGAUCGGACUAUGCCAAGAUAGUGGAGCAAAUGGAUGGAGAAGAGACAGCGAACCAAUUUGACCAUGUAUUCUGUGAAAAUGGUGUUGUGCAUUACCAGCAAGGGCAGCUCAAGAGUACACAGAGUAUACUCAAUUACAUCGGUGAGGAAACUCUUCAAAGAGUUAUUAAUUUUGCUUUAGGUUACAUGGCAAAGUUACAGCUUCCUGCAAAGAGGGGCAAUUUUGUAGAGUUCCGCUCAAGUAUGAUAAACAUUUGCCCGGUGGGUCGUUCCUGUAGUCAGGAAGAGCGGGAGGAGUUCUCCCGUUUUGAUAUAGAACAUCAGGUCAGAGCCAAGUUCGUUGAGGCCUUGCAAUCGGAAUUCAAAAAUACAAAGUUAAAGUUUGCUCUCGGUGGACAAAUCAGUGUGGAUGUAUUCCCUGCAGGAUGGGACAAAACAUAUUGUCUCCAGCAUGUUGAGGAAUUCAGUGAAAUUCACUUCUUUGGCGACAAGACAACAGUCGGAGGCAAUGACUAUGAGAUCUACAAUGACUCCCGGACUGUCGGACAUAGAGUAACUUCUCCAGAUGAUACCAAAGAGCAAUUGAAACAGUGUCUUAAUAUUGAAUAAGCCAUUCAUUACUAAAUAUAUGAUGUAAAUAAUAAAAGUGUAACCCACAUAAAGCACAUGCGAUGUUGUAUCAUAUCUUUGUAUAUUUGACUUUCUGAAAUGAUUCCUCUCGAGAUAAAUAAGAUCCUUAUUUGUUAUUAAUGUCUGUUCCUUUUGGCAUAUUGUAUUUAUUUAUAUGUGCAUUAGCCAAGCUUGAUUCAGUCGAAAGUGGCAUUUGUUGAAUCAUUCCUGUCACGGCUGUGUUGUGAUAUUAAUUCUAUGGGUAGGUUAAUAUGCAAUGAAAGAAACUGUUCUGGUGUAAAUGUAUAAUAAAAUAACAGUAGUAUAAAAAUAUUACUCUUAAACAUUGUUCUUAUCACAGGUGCUUCGGACACAUGAUGUCAUAUAUUUUCAUUUACUGUGAACACAUGAUAAUAAUCUUACAAAGAAUUAACAACACUACAAUUAUGUAACAGCGGACAAUAUCUCGCGUACCACAAUCAUAUUAUAGCUAUAUCAAAUUCUGUACUCCGCCGACCAAAAACAUUUUGACUUUAUAUUUAUAACAAAUAAAAAUGUCUGUAAUUA